AUGAAAAGGAGGCAAAAAAAUUGUAUAGGAUUAAGUAAUUGCUCGUUUGACCAGUUUAAAAAAGGGGUUGAAUUUCUGAGAGAAACCGAUGCAAUAUUAGACGAUGACAUAUUUAUAAUAUUAAAAAGAGUUUGUUCUUUUUUUUUUUUUUGUUUUAAGAAUGAUGAUUUUGAAUAUUUAUUAAAAUGCUUUGAUAAAGGGAACAAAGAGGGAAGUAAGUCGAUUAUCAAUAGUAACAAAAGUUGGACUGACAAUAAUAGUACCUGUAGUAAAAAUAAUGUUUUGGAUUUAAAAAAUGACGAAAUAUAUUGGGACUAUAAAUUUAGCAAAGGCGAUUUUAUAAUAAUUAAAAAUAUUAAUAGAUUGUUACUGAAUAAAUUAGUUGAUAACUAUGUUGGGUAUUCUUGGUUAUGCUUAAUAGUAUCAGAAUAUAUGAACAAUUUAGAUAUGUUUACUAAUAAUUUGUGUGAUAAUGAAAAAAAAGAAAAGGAAGAUGAAGAAAAUGAAAUAUGGUUUAAAUAUCAAAUUUAUAAAAAUUUCAAACAAAUUGAAGAACUAAAUCAAAUUAAUAAAAUAGAAUAUAACAAUAUACAAAAUAAUCCAGAGAAAUACAAAGAAGAAGAAUUGAAUAAUAGAAAGACAAAUUAUGUAAAUUAUCUGCAUUGCUAUUAUGGAAAUAUUUUUUCUUCUUCAUGUUAUGAUAAAAAAAAUAGAGACAGCCAUUCCAUUUCCAAUACUAACCCCAAUAUUAGUAAUUCCUAUAAUGACCCUAUUAAUAAUAAUACAGAUAUUUUUUAUUUAGAUGAUCCAAAUGAUCGGUUUAACUGGAUUAUGAGUAGCGAUAAUGAUAAUGAUGAUGAGAUAGUUAAAAGUAAUUCGAAAUCCGAAAAAAAACAUUUAUACAAUAAUUAUUAUAAAUCCUCUUUUUAUUACGAAGAAAAUAAACUUGAGAAUGAAAACUUGAAUAAUAUAUUAUAUAGCAAUAAAAUGUAUAAUAAUGCAGAAAAAAACAAAAAAAGAAAAUUAAUUGGAAAUAAGAUUAAUCAAAAUGAACAAAAAGAAAAGGCUGGGAAUUUCGAAAUAUAUAAAAAUAAAAACUAUAGUAAUGAAAGGGAAGUGGAAACUGGUUCUUAUAUCUGCUCAAAUGAAAAUGAUGAAAUAAAUGAAUUUUCGGAUGGAAAUCCGGAAUUAGGGCAAAGCAUAAAUUUUUCUGAAAAUUUUGUACAACCACAUCAAGAAUAUUCAGAAAAAAAAUAUAGUAGAAAAUAUAAAAGUGAAGAGCGAAUUGAAAAAGAGGAUGGUGUAUCAGAUGAAGACGCGGAAUCUGAUGGUGAUGCAAGAUCAGAUGAAGAUGAGGGAUCAGAAAUAUACCAUAGUAGAAACAGUGAUGAUAGUGGAAAUGAUCAUGAUGACGAGAGUUUGCAUUAUUUGUAUAAAGCUCUGUGUGAUUAUUUAUCCACAAAAUAUGAAACUAAUAAAUUGCAAAAAUAUAUGGACGAAUAUAGAGAUACACAUUCAUGGAAACCUCCACCAUUUUAUUGGAAAAUUUUGAAAAAUAAAUAUGUAGCAAAAGAAGUAUUAAAAUUAUAUGAAGAUCGACAUUUAGAUCCAUUUUUAUCCUGUUUAUACGAAGACUUUGUAAAUAGAUAUUAUUUUGAGCUUAAAGGGAGUAAUAAUAAUAGUAGUAAUAGCAAUGGAUAUGGUAAUAAUAGUAACAAUUCUAGUGGGAAUAAUGAUAGUAAUAGUAUAACUACAUAUACAAGUAAUUUCAACGUAUUCACAUUACGUAUUAGUGAAGAAAUAUGUAAAUUUUUAUUAUUAAAAGAACCAGAAGAAGAAGAAGAAGUUUUAAAUAUAUGUAAAAAUAUAUGUAUUAGUGAAAAUUCAUAUAUAUAUACACAACUAAUAUUAGAAUAUAUAUAUAGAAAUAAUAAUGAUAAUAGUAUGAGGAGAUUAUCACAAUAUUUAUGUCUAUAUAUUAUUUAUAAUGAUAUAAAUAUACAUAAUAUAUGUAAUAAUUAUUUUCAUAAUGUUAUAGAAAAUGAAGUUAGUAUCUCUUAUCUUAUAUUUAAAAUUAAUAAUUUACAUAAUUAUACAUCAUUAUAUAAUACUUUUAAAAAUAUAUAUAUGACAAGAAAUAAAGGUUUUAUGAAUAUUAAUAAUACUGAAAUUGUUAAUUUACAUAAUAAUAUACUACAAGUACUACGAAUAUUUAAUGGUAAUAAGUUGUUAUUAUUUGAUUCAACAUAUUUAUUUGAUAAUAAUAAUAAUAAUAAUUCUGGAUAUAAAUCAGGACGGAAAAAACCCGCGAUAAAUAAAUCACCCAAUCACAAUAAAGACAAUGAUGGCUCAAGUGAAGUUUAUUCUCAUAGUGUAAGUGUCUUUGAUUAUAAUUCGAAUUUUUCAAAUAAAAAUAGGAGCAAUUUGGAAGAUGAAAAUAACAGAAAUCGUUUUGGUAGUGGAUCCGAGAUAAGUGGCGAAGAAGUGGCAAGUUCUGAGAUGAGUAGUAGUGCAAGAAUGAGUGGAGAAAUUAGUGAUUCAGAAGUGGGUAAAGAAGAAAUAAAUGAUGAUGAAAGAGUUAGUAGCGUCGAAAUGAGCGGUUUUACAAGUCAAUGUGGGGAUGAAAAUACAGAAUGUAAUGGUAGUAGCGCUUCAAAGGAAAAGGGAAGCAAAAUGAUAGCAGAUUUUAGCAGUUGGAAAAACGGGAAUACAACAAUUUCUAGCUUAGUUGAUUCAGAAGAGUUGCGAUUUGGAAGAAUUGAGGAUAUCAAUAAUAAUAUGAUUGAUGAAAAAAUAAAUAAAGAUGUCCCAAGAUUAAACAAAAUAAAAAGCGAUGUUAGUGAAUUUUUAUUGCCGUCAGCAUCUCAAUUUGGAAAUAGGGAUUAUAGACAUAAUAAAGAAUUUUUACGAAUUAAUAUAUAUGCAGAAAAAAUUCCUUUAAUACAUUUGAGAGAUAUAUUUUUUUUGAACAAUAUUAUAAACAUAUAUGCUACUAAUAAUGAAUUAUUUAAUAACAACAUGUAUAAAAUAUAUGGAAGAGUUCUUAUAUUUUUAACUACUUAUUCUCCAUAUGAAUAUGUAUAUAAUCAUUACUAUUCUAGCUUUUUUAAAGGGAAAAAAAAUUCAUCCAAAAAAUAUUCGACUUCUUAUUUUAACAUUUAUGACGAUACAAUAUCUAUUAUUGAUGAAGAUGAAAAUAGUGAAACAGAUGAAGAAGGUAGUGCAUCCUAUAAUACCGAAAGUGAGAAUACGCAAAUUACCAGCAAUUAUGAUAAAGGAAUAAAAAUGAGUGAUGAAGACGACCCAGAUGAUGAUAUAAUUCAUUCUUUGGGUAAAGACAAUUAUGAAAUAGAAAAAAAGAGCAAACGGAAAUUUAAAGAAUUUUCAGAAAUAAAAAACAACCAAGAGUCAAAAAAACAUAAAUUAAAAAAUAGUGAUACGAAAGAGGAUGGAAAAGAUGUAUGUGCUGAUAAAGAGAAAGAAGUAAGACAAACUGAUAAGAAUAACGAAUUGGUAUUAAAGAUAUCGAAUGAUAAUAAUAGCAAAAUUGUAAAUGACGAUAAUAUAAGCAAAAAAAUUACUAUUGGUAAUACUUAUAAUCAAAUUAAUGAUAGCACAAAAGAAGAUAAUAUAAAACCAAGACCAAACAAUGAAGAAAAUGUGAAUGAUCAAAAAUCACCUAGCGAAAAUAGUGUAGUAAAAAACAGUUGCAUAAAUGCAAACGAUUUAUUUGAAUUAAGAACAGAAGUAAUGUCUUGCGAUGAAGUAAAAAGUCACAUAUUUAAAAAUGUAAAAAGUAAAAAGAAAUUAAAAGUUAAUAAAAUGAAUAAAAAAAAAAAACAUUAUUUUUAUAAAUUAUUUUAUAAAUUUAGAUUAACUUAUAACAAUUUUAUAAAAUUUGUACAAACAGAAAUAUUUCAUAUAUAUAAUAUUAUGCAUAGUAAUACUUAUUCGGAUUCAACAAAAGAUAAAUUAUUACUUGGGAAAAUAAACAGUAAUUUAUCAGCAUCAAUAAUAUAUAAAUAUGUUUAUAAUAAUAUUUAUAAGCAUAUUAAUUCAAAUGAAGUCAAUUUGAUAUAUACAAAGUUUAUUAUUCUCAAACAUAUUGUUGAUAAGUAUCCACAAAAGAGAUUCUUAACUUUGUAUUUUUUUAAGGAGCUGUACAUAUUCAUAAUCGAAAAAGAGAAAACGUUACAAGAGUUUUCAGAACUACGUGAGAACAUAAUUUUGUUUUUUGUGUAUAUGAUCAGAUUUGAGAAUAUGUUUUUCUAUGUUAUUAAUGUAAUUAAGAAAAUGAUAUAUUUGUUAGAUAAAUCCUUGAUACGACUAUUUAUUGUAAAAACAUUAACAUAUUGUGCCCCUCCGUAUAACUUUAAAUUUUGCAAGUAUAUACUAAAUUUUAUUUAUUUGGUACUCAAAAAAGAGGGAAUAUACUAUAAAAAUGAAUUUAAAAAGGUGAUAAACAAAUUUUUGGACGAUGUCGAACAGGUGCAUGAAAUGUACCAAAGUUCGAAGACUAAGGAACUCAUCAAUUUAAGUAAUUAUAUUAAGGAGCAAAUGGCAAAAUCGGAAAGGGAAAUAUAG